AACGAAUAAAUCUGGAUCACGGUAUCUUCUUCUUCCCCUCACUCUCUCCCUCUCUCUAAAAUCCCUUCAAAGACCUCUUCUUCUUCAUCAUCAACUCUGUCUUCCUUCCUCCAUGAAUCAUUAUUGAUGAAGGAAUAACUAAAACCCAAUCUUACCCCCUUAAAAUUAAUCUCAUCCCUCGAAAAACUCACCCAAUCAUUUUUUCUCCUUCGAAUUAAUUCAGAAACUAGGGUUUGUUUGUGAGUUUAAAAAAAUGGGGAAAAAUCAAGCUUAUAAAGCCAUGCAGAAAGCUAGAUUGGGUUCUGGCUCUGGUGGUCCAGAUGAAGUUGCUGAAGAUGGCAUGAUUGAUGGUUCUUUUCAUUCACCAGAGUGGCAUGCUGCUCGUUUGGCCAGCCUGAAAACCUCUCACACUGUAACCUGGGAAGAGUACAAGAAGAAACAGAAGGAAGAUGAGCUGAAAAGAGGAGAACUGGAGGCAGAUAAAGAUAAAAUGAUGCGGGAGUACAGGGCCCAGCUAGAUGCUGAAAGAGCAAGCAAACUUGCCCAUGGGAGAAAUCAUUCCAGCAGCAAAUCUAGUCAUAAGAAGGAUAGGAAGGAGAAGGAUUUGAAGAAAAAGAGCAGUAGCAGCAGCAAGAAGAGAAAGCGCUCAAGGAGGAGAUCCGAUUCAAGUUCGUCUUCAGAGUCAUCUAGUAGUAGCAGUGAGGACGAGGAGAGAGAAUCACGAAGAUCUAAAUCACGGUCAAAGAGAUCGAAAAAGGAGAAAAGGCACAGAUCAAGAAGAAAAGAAUCCAGUGACAGCGAAGAAGAAUCUGAUGGUCCCUUGCCGCUCUCUAAGUUCUUUGGCAAUGGAAAGUCAUAACUUGUAUCCAGAGACUUUCUGCUACUUCGCGAGAGAGUAAGAUGGAAGGGCUCCAUCAGUUCUCAAUAAGUCAAUUAUUUCUUUAUCUAUCCUCUCUUUUUCUUGGGUGAAAACCAAUCCUCAUCGGAGAUAUUAGCUUGUAUUUCUGUCUUUUCCUUCUGUUACAAAUUCACAAUAGAUCUUAGUGAUUAUGAAGAGGACUGGGUAAAGAACUUUGUAAAAUACUACCAGUACCAUACUAUGUUAUUAAACCAUCUUCUGUAGAAUAAUUUGAAAAAAAAUUCUUCAGAUUUUAAAGCUUAUUAUCAC